GUGACUCGUUUCCUGCCAAAGCAGUAAAUAUAGCAAGCGAGCUAGCACCACAGGCUAUAUUUGGCUACAGUCUGUAUUAGCAGAAUAGACAUGUUUUAUCAUUCUCUAUUUCAUUUAGCCAGUUAGUCCAGCGUCUGUUGGGGGUGUGUGUGGUGCGUUUCGGUGUGCUGCGUUUCGAUAAGCGAUGAACCGACAGCUUGACUUUGUGUUGUAAGGGAGGCUCGUCCACCUAAUCAAAGCUGUGGUGACUUAGCUUUGCUAGUUUCACAGGUUAGUUUAACGCUAGCAAGCUGAGUUAGCAUCUUAAGGAGGUUCCGUUGCUAGUGACUAUGCAAGGGGAAACCACGGCUAUACGAAUCGCGGAAAACGAAGGCAAGCUGGAUGUAUUGCCCCAGAACAAGACCCCAAACUUGGGGAGAGCAAGUGCCAAAGGCUGGCAGUAUAGUGACCACAUGGAGAAUAUUGAUGGCUACUUGAUGAAAUACACCAACCUUGUAACAGGGUGGCAAUACAGGUUCUUUGUCUUAAACAAUGAGGCGGGCUUGCUGGAGUACUUUGUCAACGAGCAGUCGCGGCCCCAGAAGCCCCGCGGUAUGCUCCCCCUGGCAGGGGCCGUGAUCUCCCCCAGCGACGAGGACUCUCACACCUUCACUGUCAACGCCAUCAGCGGGGAGCAGUACAAGCUCAGGGCCACCGAUGCCAAAGAGAGACAGCACUGGGUGAGCAGACUACAGAUCUGCACACAGCACCACACAGAGGCCAUGGGGAAGAGUAAUCCCCCACCCAAGUCCCGGAGCUACUCUAUGGCAUCUCAAGGCAGCGGCAGCUCACCCAUGUCCCUGCGCCGGCCCAGCCAAAACCCUGCCGCCUUAUUCAGCUGGUCACAGGUCAACAAGGGCUCGUCCCUCUACUCCAGCAAGAGGUCCCUUCUGCCAGACCACCUGAUGGACGCCAGAGAGAUGAUGACCCAGGCACAGGGCCAACACAGAGAACUGAUCCAGAGCAUCGAGGGCCUGCCUGCAGCCCCUGGCCUCUGCCCUCUAGACCAGGACCUGCUAAUGCUCAAGGCCACUUCCAUGGCCACUAUGAACUGCCUCAACGAGUGCCUGCAAAUCCUGCACCUGCAGCAGGUGGCCAGGCAGAGAGGCUCCCUGGGAGGACCCACCAUCGAGUGGUUGGAGCCCAAGCUGCCCGACCUCCUGAAGAACGGCAGCAGCUCGCUGGGCAGCUUCACGACAGGGGAGGGCGCGCUGGAGGGGAGCCAUCUGGAGCUCAGCAGCCCCGAGUCCUGCAGCUUUUCUGGGGAACAGGAAGACAUUGAUGCGGAGGAUGAGGCGGAGGACUCGUUCACUGACAAGGAGGAGGACCUGGGUGCUGUGGAGGAGGAGCGCAGCGUCAUCCUACACCUCCUGUCCCAGCUGAAGCUGGGCAUGGACCUCACGCGGGUGGUCCUCCCCACCUUCAUCCUGGAGAAGCGCUCCCUACUGGAGAUGUACGCUGAUUUCAUGUCCCACCCGGACCUCUUUGUGGCCAUCACCGACGGCAGCAGCCCCGAGGACCGCAUGGUCCGCUUUGUGGAGUACUACCUCACCUCCUUCCACGAGGGCCGCAAGGGGGCCAUUGCCAAGAAGCCCUACAACCCCAUCAUCGGCGAGACCUUCCACUGCUCCUGGAAGGUACCCAAGACACCAGAGGCCCCCAAGGAGCCCUCACAGGGAAGCCCCGACCCAGCUGCCGCCCAGGAGCCCUACCAAGUGCGCUUUGUGGCGGAGCAGGUGUCCCACCACCCGCCUGUGUCUGGAUUCUAUGCCGAAUGCCAGGAGAGGCAAAUCUGUGUGAACACGCAUGUGUGGACCAAGAGCAAGUUCAUGGGAAUGUCCAUUGGCGUAUCCAUGAUAGGGGAAGGCUGUCUAUAUCUGCUGGAGCACGAUGAAGAGUACACUUUCACGCUGCCGUGUGCAUAUGCCCGCUCCAUCCUCACUGUUCCCUGGGUGGAACUGGGCGGCAAAAUCAACAUCAACUGCGCUAAAUCGGGCUACUCGGCCAUCCUCACUUUCCAGACUAAACCAUUUUACGGUGGCAAAUUACACAAGAUAACGGGAGAGGUGAAGCACAACGCCACCAACGCGGUGGUGUGUCGCGUGCAGGGCGAGUGGAACGGCGUUCUGGAGUUCAGCUACACCAGCGGAGAGACAAGGGUGGUCGACGUCACCAAGCUGCCGGUUACCAAGAAAAGCGUUCGGCCGAUUGAGAAGCAGGGACCAACUGAAUCCAGGCGCCUGUGGCAGCAUGUGACCGAGUCCUUACGGCAGAAGGACAUUGAAAAAGCCACGGAGCACAAGAGGUUUCUGGAGGAAAGGCAGAGGACUGAGGAGAGGCACCGGGCUGAGAGUGAAACCGCUUGGAGGACCAGAUACUUUGACAGAGAGGGUGAAGGCUGGGUCUAUCACAAACCACUUUGGAAAAACUCUGCAUUCAAAACCUAGUUUCUUCAGUCUGGAUCUCAGAUGUUGGUAUUGUAGAUUCUGGAGUGUGAGUGUGUGAGUGUGUGAGUGUGUGAGUGUGUGAGUGUGUGAGUGUGUGAUGAUAGCAUGACCUGCACUGACGUACAAAAAAAUUGCAACGUUGGGGAGAAGGACUUGGACAGCAUCUCGAAUCUCGCUCAUGAUUUUCACGAAGCCUCGAAGUACAAGGUUUUGUACUACUGAUCAGUUGUUUUUUAUAAUCCAAUGUUAAUGAAAACCCAUUCUUGUACAGGUAAUGGUACUCUAUUUACACAGCCUUAAGAUAGUCUGAUGAAUGUUGGGGGAUCUGCUGAUCAACCUGCAUAUGGUUCUUUUUUUUUUCUUUUUUUCAAGCUGUGCUAUCACACUAAGGUCAAGUGACUUUUGAGCAGUUUCUUCUUAAAAUAAGAUAUCCAACAAACUUCAAGAAUUGGAACACUGCCUGUAAAUGUGAAAAUGUUGUAAAUUGGAUUUAGUGUCCUGGAUCACGAAUAAAUAAGCAACAAUCAAAGUAAAAGAAACAGUUUAAGGUACUUUCUUUUGAGAGUUUAAAACUUUGCUAAUCUGCUUUGUCAGGACUGUUGUCCAUCCUGAUUCACACUUACCUUGUUCUAAAUAACUCACACCAACUUCAAACCUGUGAGGAGAGCACAAAGAAAAGAGAGAAACUGCAAUCCUACAUGUAACUGUUUGGCAGAUUAGUUUUGUGUUCAUGUAGGAGCCAUCCCUCACAGUAAGAAGUUGAUUGAGAAAAUAGGUUUUCAGGGCCUAUAAACCCCAAAUCAGUUGGACAUAAUCCAAAUCGAAGCCACUUUCACGGUUUUUGAGUACAUUUACAUGCACACAAUGAUCUAAUCUCCAGGAGUAGCUCAUCAUUUUAGGGCAAGAAAUAGUCUGGCACCUUCCCCGUGUUUCCAGUCUUUAUGCUAAGCUACGCUACCUGUCUACAAGCUGUAGCUUCAUAUUGAAGAGACAAACACGCAAAGUAACUCUCAGCAAUAAAGUGAAUAAGCGUAAUUCCCAAAAUGUCGACCAGGGGUACCGAAAGCUAUUUAGUAAUGCAUUAUCAUAAAGUUGGUGGACUUGCUGAAGACACCUCUGAAACGACACCCUUUCAGUGCGUAAUGCAGGCUUUCGGUCUCCAAGUGGAGAUCACCCUGAUGACCUCACUGUGACAUCAUCAGGGUUAUUGUUACAGAUUAAGCAAAGCUCCUCCAGAGCCACAGAAGACAUCACUGUUAUCACAGGUUCAGGUACUCCCUGUGAUGAGUGAACUCACCGGUGUGUAAAAUUGCCCUUUUAAGCUACAGUAGGUAACAUUCAUAUAAAAAAGACUCAAACUGACGGUACUAAAUGAAUCCGAUAAUUUGUGACAAAAAUCCCGCUCCUCUGCCUCCUCCUGGCGCUCCUAAUGGCAUACGGAUAACAACCAAUCGGAGCCGAGGAGUUUCUAACACAGCGUUGGUUGUUUAACCUUUGGAAACUUCCCCAAAUAUUGUCUCAUGUGCUGUUGUCAGUAUAUGACCAUUUCAGCAAAAAUAAAUAUUUAUUUUUUUUAAAUAAAAGUUACCUACUGAACUUUUAACAACGUUCCGCUUACCUUGAUUAUGGCUCAGUGUGUUCACACUACAAUUUCAAUAGUAAUACAAUUGCUUUAAUUUGGUUGAUAUCGGGUAUAUUGUGUGCAUUUAGAUAUACUUAAACUAUUUCUCUAUACAUUGUUUGUUCAAUUGUUUGAUGUUAUAUUGGUGUUUUGACUCUCUCACCACAAGAUGCUACUGGAAUGACAUGUCCUAGACUAGCUGACAACCACAUUUGAAAUGAUUGAGUCAGAUGUGAAUGCAUCUAAAGAUUGCUACCCCCCCAUUCAUGUCGUCUUUUUUUUUUAGUCCUGUGGUUUUGCAGAUGGAAAAAUUCUUACAUGCAUGAUGGCAAAGUGUCUCUGUCCACAUUGAUUGCAGUAUGUAUGUACAGUAUGUAUGUACAGUAAGUAUACUACACCUGUGUCUGCAUUACUUAAAUUGAUAAAUGUCUGUUGUAAAAGCUUUUAACCAAAUUUGCUUGUUUUGUAAUGCAAAUAAAUAUUUUCUUUGAAUGCAUAUUUAUCCCCCAUCUUUGCGCUUUAAUUGCUCUAAUUUUUAUAGCCACUUUUUGUAUAGAGAGAGGUUAACAUUUCUUGUUCCGUCUGUGUUUUUGUUGUCUUAUUUCCUUUGGAAGUAAUUCCAAUCUACUAUCCUGUGAUGUACAAUUGUUUCUUACCUUACCCCCUCCCCCCCACACACCCCUGGGUCUCAAAACAUCCAAGUAUCAAGUAAGGACACAGUUCCUAUUCUCUGCAGAAAGAGGAAUCCACCCUGCCAUUAAUAAGCUACUCCCUCUACGUCUUGGUGCCUUAUGCAAACUCUUUCUGUUUGUCUUCCAGCUACGGAUCACAGCAUUUUCAUCAGUUAUUUACCUGACCGAAGCAAUGGCGUAUGUAUUAUUUGUGUGUGUUGUGUUUUUCUUUAAAUCAGUGCUUCAUGUUGAGAGAAGUGUAUGACACACACACUUAUUCUAUAGGUUUUUCACACUUUCUUGGUUUUGGAUUCUACUGGUUGUCUUGCUGACCUAUGAAAUGCACUGACAUUGAAGGAAACCUGAUGUAGAAAAAUGGACAUGUUUGGAAAAUCAAAUAAAUUGCAUUAUCAGUCGUA